AUGUUCUUUCGGUUACUGGUACUGAUGAAUAAUCUUACGUUGACGGAACUGUACGCGCGUGUGACUCCGGGCGUUCGCCAGGAAGCGAGCGAUCCCGUGUGGCGCGGCACUCGGCUGCAUGUCGGAGAAUUCACAACUCUGUCCCACCCUCACGCAGAGGAGAAGGCGGUGGUGAUGAAAAUGAUGAUGGCGGAGACGAUGGGGUCUGGCAGCAGCUUGACAGAUAGACGCGGCUGGCAACAUGUCGGGUGA